GUCCCGCCCUUUUCACAGAUUCUCUCUUGAGCGUUCUAUCCAUCCACUCUCUCAGUCAGCUCAGCCCUGCUCAGCGCAGCUCAGUUGGGGGGCGAGCGACUCAGGGAUGCGCUGCUCACAGUCGUCAUAAGCGGGGAGAGUGCUGCUGCUGUUGCUGCUUCUGGCUCUGCUGAGAGAGAGUAUCACUACCAAGCAACUGUGCUGUGGGGCUGACGGAGAGGGAGGAUAACCGGACUAUAACAGGACUACGUCGCGAGGAAAAUAACUCUGCGCGGGGAAAGGAGAGGAGGGAGAGCCAGGCACGGGGCUGCUCUCCUGCACUCACGUCAGGCUCUGCCGCUGAACACUCCGAACAUGGCGGAGCACCACUCACCCUCCGACGGCAAGCACAAAUCGUCUGCCAACGCUGGCAGCGCGAUGCUGGGCAGCAACCGAGCCGGUGCCGCGAGUGGGGGCGGUGGAGGUGGGGGAGGCAAAGGAGGCCUCUCGGGCGGACUGACGCAUCCAGCUGGGUGGCAGUCACUCCUAUCUUUCACGAUACUUUUCCUAGCCUGGCUGGCCGGAUUCAGUUCAAGACUGUUUGCCGUGAUUCGUUUCGAGAGCAUCAUUCACGAGUUUGACCCAUGGUUCAACUACAGGUCCACCCACUACCUCACCUCCAAUGGCUUCUACGAGUUCCUGAACUGGUUUGACGAGCGGGCGUGGUAUCCACUUGGAAGGAUAGUUGGGGGCACGGUAUAUCCAGGUCUGAUGGUGACUGCUGGCCUCAUCCACUAUGUGCUGAGCCUGCUCCACAUAACGGUUCACAUCCGCGACGUGUGCGUCUUCCUGGCGCCGGUCUUCAGCGGCCUGACGGCGGUCUCGUCCUUCCUGCUGACGAAAGAGCUCUGGAACCAGGGGGCGGGGCUACUGGCCGCCUGCUUCAUCGCCAUAGUACCUGGAUACAUCUCCCGGUCGGUCGCCGGGUCGUUCGACAACGAGGGGAUAGCCAUCUUCGCCCUGCAGUUCACAUACUACUUAUGGCAGAGCUUCAAGCACGAGGGACCUAUAAUGAUUCUGGGCCAGGGCCAGGAGUAA